CUGGAGUCCCCAUCCCACCCCCCCUCGUUUCCGCCCUCACCCUGGAGUGGCUGGUGGGAACUUGAAGGGACUGGAAAAGACGCAAGAAAGCAAGAAAGCCAGAGGAAGAGGUGGGGUGAAAGUGAAAACAGGCUGCCAAGCCAGGGGACUCUCUCCAAUUUAAGAAGGAAGUCAGCUGACGUUAGUUAAAUUUAACAUCCCUCUUAUGUGUAACAUUUGACUUCGGAAACAAAAAAAAAAAAAAAUGAACUUUGCAGAGGGAGAGGGCUCUAAGAGAUACUGCAUUCAAACCAAACAUGUGGCUAUUAUCUGUGCGGUGGUGGUGGCUGUGGGGUUAAUAGUGGGACUCUCCGUGGGCUUGACCCGAUCGUGUGACUCCACCGACGGCACAGCUCCGGCGCCAUCCCACCUUCCUCCCCGGACUAGCCCUUCGGCCCUUCCUCCCACGGCCAGACCUUCAGAGCCCCCUCCCCAGGACCCCAGCGCCUGUCCUGCCAGCGAAGAUGCAAGUGGAGGUUGGAAACAUUUCAGACUGCCGGCCACCGUCAACCCCGUGCACUACGACCUGGAGGUGAAGCCCCUGAUGGAGCAGGACACGUACACCGGCAGAGUGACCAUCUCCAUCAACGUGAGCGCGCCCACGCCUCACCUGUGGCUGCACCUGCGGGACACCUGGAUCACCCGGCUCCCCGAGCUCAGGAAGCCCUCGGGGGAGCAGGUGAAGCUCAGGAGGUGCUUCGAGUAUAAAAAGCAAGAGUAUGUGGUGGUGGAGGCCGAAGAAGAGCUGGCCCCCGUCGGUGACAAAGGUCUCUACCUCCUGACCAUGGAGUUCGCUGGCUGGCUGAACGGCUCCCUGGUGGGGUUUUACAGAACCACCUACGUGGAGAACGGGCAAGUCAAGAGCAUAGCGGCCACUGACCAUGAACCAACAGAUGCCAGGAAAUCCUUCCCAUGUUUUGAUGAGCCCAACAAAAAGGCGACUUACACCAUAUCCAUCAUCCACCCCAAAGACUAUCAUGCACUUUCAAAUAUGCCCGUUGAGAUAUCAGAGUCAGUGGAUAACCAAUGGAUUCGAACAACUUUUCAGAAGUCUGUUCCAAUGAGCACUUACCUGGUGUGCUUUGCUGUACAUCAAUUUGCCUCCAUAACGAAAAUGUCAGAAAGUGGAAAACCCCUCACUAUUUAUGUCCAGCCAGAGCAAAAACACACAGCUGAGUAUGCUGCAAACAUGACUAAAAUUAUAUUUGACUAUUUUGAAAACUACUUUGCUAUCAAUUAUUCUCUUCCUAAAUUAGAUAAAAUCGCUAUUCCAGACUUUGGCACUGGUGCCAUGGAGAACUGGGGACUUGUCACUUACAGAGAAACAAACCUGCUUUAUGACCCUCAGGAAUCAGCCUCAUCCAACCAACAGAGGGUGGCCACUGUGAUUUCCCACGAACUUGUGCAUCAGUGGUUUGGAAAUAUUGUAACCAUGGACUGGUGGGAAGACCUGUGGCUGAAUGAAGGAUUUGCUUCUUUCUUUGAAUUCCUGGGAGUAGACCAUGCAGAAAAAGAGUGGCAAAUGCGUGACCAGAUAUUACUUGAAGAUGUAUUACCUGUACAAGAGGAAGAUUCUUUAAUGUCUUCACACCCAAUAGUCGUCACCGUGACAACCCCUGAUGAAAUAACAUCUGUUUUUGAUGGAAUAUCCUAUAGCAAGGGAGCUUCUAUUCUUAGAAUGCUUGAAGACUGGAUAACACCAGAUAAAUUUCGAAGAGGAUGUCAGAUUUACUUGGAAAGAUUCCACUUCAGGAAUGCAAAGACUUCAGAUUUUUGGGAAGCACUGGAAGAGGCAAGUGAGAAGCCGGUGAGAGAAGUAAUGGACACCUGGACUAGACAGAUGGGUUAUCCUGUGCUAAAUGUGAAUAAAACAAGCGUCACACAGAAGCGUUUUCUGCUGGACUCAAGAGCUGAUCCUUCCCAGCCACCUUCAGAUUUUGGUUACACAUGGAAUAUUCCAAUUAAAUUUACUGAAAAUGAUACAUCAGACAGUGCCUUCUACAAUAGGUCAGAAAAAGAAGGAAUCACUUUGAACCCUUAUGAUUCUAGUGGAAAUACUUUUCUCAAAAUAAAUCCAGAUCAUAUUGGGUUUUAUCGUGUAAAUUAUGAAAAACUAACUUGGGACCAGAUCGCUGGGAAUCUUCUCUCAAACCACUUGCAAUUUUCUUCUGCUGACCGUGCAAGUUUCAUUGAUGAUGCUUUUGCCUUGGCCAGAGCUCAACUGCUGGGUUAUGAUGUGGCUCUGAACUUGACCCGGUAUCUCAAAAUGGAAGAGAACUUUUUACCAUGGCAGAGAGCCAUUUCAGCUGUAACUUACAUCAUUAGCAUGUUUGAAGAUGAUAAAGAGCUAUACCCCUUGAUAGAGAAAUACUUCCAAGAUCAAGUGAAGCUCAUUGCAGAUUCUCUGGGAUGGAAUGAUACUGGCGACCACCUUACAAAGUUACUCCGUGCCUCUGUGUUAGGGUUUGCCUGCAAGAUGGGAGACCCAGAGGCCUUGAAGAAUGCUUCCCAGUUAUUUGAGGACUGGAUAAAGACAGGCAAGAGCAUUCCUGUCAAUCUCCGGCUUUUGGGUUAUCGGUAUGGAAUGCAGAACUCUGGAAAUGAAGCUUCAUGGAACUAUACUCUAGAGCAAUACCAGAAAACUUCAUUAGCUCAAGAAAAAGAAAAACUGCUCUAUGGAUUAGCAUCAGUGAAAAAUGUUACUCUUUUGGCAAGGUAUUUGGAUUUGCUCAAGGACCCAGACCUUAUUAAAACUCAGGAUGUGUUUACAGUCAUUCGAUAUAUCUCCUAUAAUAGCUAUGGGAAGAGCAUGGCGUGGAAUUGGAUACAGCUCAACUGGGAGUACCUAGUCAACAGAUUUACACUCAAUAACAGAAACCUUGGCCGGAUUGUCACUAUAGCAGAGCCAUUCAACACUGAAGUACAACUCUGGCAGAUGCAGAGCUUUUUUGAAAGAUAUCCAGAAGCUGGAGCAGGAGAAAAACCUAGGGAACAAGUGGUGGAAACAGUGAAAAACAAUAUUGAGUGGCUAAAACAAAAUAGAGAGACCAUAAAAGAAUGGUUUUUUAACUUAUCAAAUAACAGUUAAUAUGUUCAAAUGUCAUAUUUUUUUAAUUUGUGAAGUUGUUGUUUUUCCUAUUAAGCAUUUAAUGGUCUAAAUUUAGAAGCACUAAGGAGAGAGCCUUAUGAAUGGAUACUGACUUUGCUAAGUACUGUGUUGACGUCUUGCAAAGCUUUUAAAUUGUUCCUCUUUGUUUAUGAAGGAAGAUACUAAUAGAGUAUUUAAUAUACUCAGGGAUUUCUUCUAAGUGUACUUCAUAGGAGAUUCUUUACAAACUGAAGAGAAUUUAAUAGUCAUUUUAAUGUCUUUAAAUAUCAUUCUUUGUAUCUUAAAUCUGUGAAAAUAGAACAAUUUGGUCUUAGCUUUACAUUUUUAGUACCAAAGAAACACCACUUAAUCUUCUCUCUUGAUUGAUUUUUAAAGUUUAAAUACCAGUACUUGAGGGACAUAUUACCAUCUUAAUCUUUAUUUUAUUAUUCAGAGUUACACAGACCUAAUAUCAUUUUAUUCACAUAUGUCUUACUACUUUAAAUCCUACCAAAGUAACCUGGGCUUAAGUUUUGCUCGAGGAUUGCAUGAAUUAGCCAAAGAAAUGGCUGAAUGUUGCCAUUGCUCUUAUAAAAUCAACAAGAGAACUCUUCUUUCCUUUUUAAAAAUAAAUCUAAAUUAUUACCUUGAAAAGAA